AUGUGGCUGGUCUCCGAUAUAAUUAGACUUGUCUUAAUUUUCUUCAACAUGGUGUCAGGUCUGACUCUGAAUUCCUACAUAGUCGCUGUGUAUGUUCGGGAAUGGAGGAGGAAAAAAGGGUUCAAUGUGUCCGACAGAAUCGUCCUCUUGUUGGCUCUCACCGGGAUCGCCCACCAAUGUUCUUUCUCCUUCGAAGGUCUGAAUUUCUACUUUGGGUCUCAUUUGCCACAUGAAAGAGGACUUAAUAUUUAUGUCUUUGUUUUUCAUAUUUUUCUGAUGAAUGAGAACCUCUGGAACACGGCUUGGCUUUCCCUCUAUUACUGCCUGAAACUGGUCAAAUGUUCCCACCGCAUUUUCCUUCAGUUACAGAGAAGAUUGUCCUCUUCUAUCACCCAGAUCCUCAUCGUCUCCUUCGUGGGAUUGUUCUUCAUAUCUCUUCCACUUCUUUGGACCUUACAUUUACGUCACAAAAUAAUCAAAGAUCCCUCUGGCAUGAAUCGUACACUUCCGGGUAUUCAUAUGGAUGUCCGAUACAUCCCUCUCUAUAUGGUUCUUAGUUCUCUUCUCCCGUUCCUUCUGAUCUUCCUCUGCAUUGGGCUCAGUGUGAGGUCCCUCCUGAGUCAUGUCCACCAGAUCCGUCACCAUUCAUCUCAGUUCAGCUCAUCUCCACAACUAGAGGGUCACCUCCGAGCCGUCAGGACCAUGAUCCUCCAGGUCUGCCUUUGCUUGGCUCUGUAUCUGGCUAUCUGUUACGGUCUCUUCUUCACCGUGAGCACAGGAAUCAUCGCUAAAAUCAUGUUGUUUACAAUCCUUUUAAGUUAUCCUUCUGUUCAAGCUGCCAUCUCAAUCCAGGGGAACCCCAAGUUAAGAAACAGACCCCCGACUCGUGAUACGGCCAUGGGCAGCAAAUAG